GGUUAUGAACCCAGACAGGAUGAACACUAGGCUCACAGGAUACAAAAUUCGUACAUUUGAUAACAUUCCCCCGAGGAUCUGUUUCGACAAAUGUAUCCGGAGACCAAGAUGUCAUUCUUACAAUUAUAACAGACAUAUAUUACGUUGUGAAUUGAACUACAAACCUAAACCGGGUUUUGUCGAACACUUUCACAACGAGGUGGGAUUUGUUUAUGUUGAUGUUGAUCAUUACAGAGGGGAUCCUAUGUAUGACACGUGCCUUGGAAAUCCCUGUAAAUCUGGAGAAGUUUGUGAAACCAAAAAGGACAGAAGUGUGUUUUGCGUCAAGGAUCAAGAAAAUAUGCCAGUAGGAGAUUGUACGGAAUUGUUUGAAUACAGACGCAAAAGUGGAAUAUAUACAAUAUAUCCUUCCAAGGCCGACGAGGGGGUAAAGGUGUUUUGCAACAUGACAAACGGCGGCUGGACGGUUAUCCAAAGAAGAAUAGAUGGAGAAGAAAACUUUCAUAGGAACUGGGUUGAGUAUGAAAAUGGCUUUGGUGAACUUCAGCAUGAGUUUUGGCUUGGUAACAAAUACCUACAUCUUCUAACCACCAGUGGAAAAUAUAAACUACGGGUGGAACUAGUUCACAACAACGGCACAAACGUUUUUGCUGAGUACCAGAACUUUCUAGUAGAAGAUGCAGCAUCAAAGUAUCGAAUUGUAGUAAAUGGAUACAGUGGAUAUGCAGGAUAUUAUAUGCAUGCUAACAACGAUAGGCGAUAUUUUUCUACCUAUGACAGUGAUAAUGACGCAUAUGAAGGUAGUUGUAUGAAUGAUUAUGGUUACGGGGCUUGGUGGAUCGGGCAUUGUAAUGGAUAUCCUGAUUUGAACAACAAAAACAUCACCAUAGUGCGAUGGGAUUCCGGAUAUAAUAUCAAAUCGAUAUCAGACAUGAUGAUUCAAAGGAAGUAAAUUCUGUGAACCAACAUGCUCCCACGAUAACCCGUUGUUUAAUGAUUAUUACAAACAUGUUCCGUAUACAUGAUUCAAUUAUAAUAGGGUAAUUUCAAAUUUAUACGUCUUAUUUUUGUUUUGCUACAAUAUUGUUAAUAGGCAGGUCAAAAACUGGUAUCAAGGAUAGCAAUAUGUUAUUAAUCGAAACCAGCACAAAUUAUCAUCUAUUCUACGAUAUACAUGUAAGGGAUUUCUAGCAGUUUCGUUAUAAGUUGUCCUGUUAUUUUGUUAUAAACACAAAUAUAUCUUAUAAUACUUUGAUAUUUUCAAAAAAAAGCAAAUGUUCGAUUUGUGCUCCUUUUAGCAGUUGUAGCAAUACUGACACACAUAUUCGGAUAAAAUGAAAUUAUUAUUAUCAGUAUUUUUUUGUGGACAAAUCGGCUUUUAAAGAAAACAGAUUUCAAUGGAAGCAUUGUCAUUUUGUGUGUAAAGAGCAAUUAAGUGCCAAUCUGCAUAAGAUUCAGGCAGUGGAAAAAACAUGACAAACAAAAACCCACUCAAGUUGACAUUAACUUAUGUUAAAAAUGUAUAACGGUGCACGAAUAUCACAUUCGUUUCCUUUUCCUGUUCUGGUAAUUCAAGAUAUAAUUUGGUUAUUAACAGCAAUUAACAAUUAAGGGGAGCUAACUCCGUAGUUUGCUAUCAUUCUAACCAAAGUUAUCUAGAGAUUUCUCGAACUACCAGACACGCAGAAAUGAAAGCACUACCAUUUCUAAUUCAUUCUAGAUGAUGGUAACUUCAAAAUAGGAUAGUUAAGUCGGUGGGUUUUUUCGGCCAUGUUUUGAUUUUUUUUCAAAAUUGCCCAAUUUUACAAAGACUGGCACUUAAAAACGAAAUUGACAAUAACUCUUUUAUCAUGUAAGUUCUUUAUAGCUUCUAAACAUUUAAAAUGAAAUGCACAACUUUUUAAAUUGACACGUGAAAAGGCAUUUAAUGCCAAAUAUUUCACCUGUUAUAUGAGGACUGUUAUGUAAUCAUAAGUUCGUCUUGCUGUAGAGACGGACAAGCUCUAGACAUAAGAUUGUCAGUUUAAAAUGUGAACAGUAGGUUUUAUCUUAGCAGACUGUUAAAUACACUUUAAACCAUUAUGUUUCAUAUCUUUGUUUAACAUUUUGUGCAUGGAAUGUUUAUGAUUUAUAAAAAUGAAAUUUGAAAAAAAAUCGUUUUCAUAAAGAUGUCAUUGUUUUUUUUAUAUUUAUCCUGCAAUCAGCUAACUAUUGUACAAAUAACAGGUACACAAAUAAAUUUUUGCUUUAUUUGUACUUGUACAAAUAAAGUCUCCUGUUACCCCGCUUCCAUGUUGAGCAAGCGGUAAUGUGGAUAUUUCUUUUUGCGUACCAGUUCAUUUUGGGGUCCUCUUCGCGGUCCGCGUUUAAACUUUGAAAAAUAAGAGACAAUGAUUUAGAUUUUAACAAUUAAAGUUUCAAGUGUUGGGUGUAAAUUUCAGGAUAAAAACAAUAUAUGUACAUUUUCGGAAAAUAUAAAAUUUAUUUGUACUCGCUACGAAACAGGAGAAAAGCUCGGCGAGCCUCGUUUUUCAUCCUGUUUCUA